CGGAAGGUGUAGCACCUCUUGCACCGCUUAACCUUCCCCUUUAAUUCAGCUCACUCCUCCGCCAUGUCUCCACUAUCGGCAUAACGCAACAGCAGUACGCACCUAACCUCUAACCUUACGCCCGUCCCUUCAUCUGUCUGCCGCAAGUCCAAAUCGCGUCUCUCCCUGCCAUGCCCCGCAUCGCCUCGCUGCUUUCCGCCCUGCUGUUCGUCCACUUUUCGGGCUUGAGCCGGGGCUACUUCACCGAGGAGCGCUGGAGCCCCGAGUCUCCUCUCCUCGCCCCACGGGUAGUUGUCGCGCUCAUCUGCCGCAACUCUGCGCACUCUUUGCCGCUCUUCCUCGGAGCUUUGGAGCGCCUCCACUACCCGAAGGACCGCAUUGCUUUAUGGGUGGCGACAGAUCACAACAUAGAUAACACCUCCGCCAUCCUUCGAGAUUGGCUCAUCAAGGUCCAGAAUGACUAUCACUAUGUGGAGUGGAGACCAGAUGAUGAAUCCAGUGCCUUUGAGGACGAGAUGGGGCCAAAACACUGGAAUAAUCUUCGGUAUGAACACGUCAUGAAGCUUCGUCAGGCGGCUUUGGGCACAGCCCGUGAGAUCUGGGCUGACUACCUCCUGGUGGCCGACUGCGACAAUCUGCUCACUAACCCAGAUAUGUUGUGGAAACUCAUGAAAGAAAACAAGACCAUUGUUGCCCCAAUGUUGGAGUCCAGAGCUGCCUACUCCAACUUUUGGUGCGGCAUGACCUCACAGGGCUACUACAAGCGAACGGCAGCCUACAUACCCAUCAGGAAGCAUGAGCGUCUUGGCUGUUUUGCCGUACCCAUGGUCCACUCGACGUACUUGGUAGACUUGCGGAAGGAAGCCUCUCGUCAAUUGGCUUUCUACCCGCCGCACCCGGAGUACAGCUGGGCCCUUGAUGAUGUCAUCGUCUUUGCCUAUUCGGCUCGCAUCGCAGAUGUUCAGAUGUACGUGUGCAACAAAGAAACCUACGGAUACCUUCCUAUGCCCAUGCGUUCCCACGCUACUUUGUUGGAUGAAGCCGACAGUUUCUUGCACACUCAUCUUGAGAUCAUGGUGAAAAAUCCUCCCUUGGAAUAUUCCAGCUUCCUCACCCUCCCUCCCAAACAGCCAAACAAGAUCGGCUUUGAUGAGGUGUUCAUGAUCAAUCUGGUGCGAAGAGUUGACCGGCGUGAGCGCAUGCUGAGAACUUUGCACGAGAUGGAAAUCAGCUGUAAAGUUAUUGCCGCUGUGGACGGCAAGGCGCUGAACAAGAGUGACAUCGAGUCCAUGGGGAUUAGCAUGCUGCCGGGAUACAAAGACCCUUAUCACGGUCGCCCUCUGACCAAGGGUGAAUUGGGUUGUUUCCUCUCUCAUUACAACAUCUGGAAGGAGAUAGCGGAUCGCGGGCUGCAAACCUCCUUGGUCAUUGAGGACGACCUGCGCUUUGAGGUGUUCUUUAAACGGCGUCUCCAGGCACUGCUGCAGGAGGUGACCACGCACAAGCUUGACUGGGAUCUCAUUUAUAUUGGACGGAAGCGAAUGCAGGUGGAUCAUCCAGAGAAGUCAGUACCAAAUGUUCGCAAUCUGGUGGAGGCCGACUACUCGUACUGGACUUUAGGCUACAUGCUGUCCUUGCAAGGAGCCCGAAAGCUCCUCAAGGUUGAGCCUCUGAAAAAGAUGCUGCCUGUUGAUGAGUUCCUUCCUGUCAUGUAUGACAAACAUCCUGUUUUAGACUACAUGGAACACUUUGAAGAUCGGAACCUCCGUGCGUUCUCCGCAGAGCCGCUUCUGGUGUAUCCGACACACUACACGGGAGACGCUGGCUACAUCAGUGACACGGAGACCUCAGUAGUCUGGAACAAUGAGACAACCAAGACCGAUUGGGACAGAGCCAAGUCGGGGAAAACUCAAGAGCAGGUGGAACUAAGUCUAGAGGCACAGAACUCUGAUGUGCUCCAGUCUGAGCUGGAGAACUGGAGUGCGCGGGAUGAAUUGUGAUGCCUUGGGAGAACACUCUGUUGCACAUAUACACACACUGAGCAGGUUGACAUACUGUACAGCAGAAUAAAGCUGUGAUAGUGGGAGCAAUGUGGAAGAGGCAGGCUAGAUGGACACAGGUCCAGUGAGACUUCCACCGUCACUUGAGCUUUCUCUUAAAGGAGAAGGUUAGAGUUACAUUUCAAAACAACUCUUGACGAGUCCAUUUGCGUGUCAUUCUUUCUUUCCAUCUUCAAUUCGCAAUCCAAAGUUAGAGAAUCAAAAAGGGACUGGUUAUUUUCUUUUUUUCUUUUAAUCUAACACAAAAAGCCCGAUUUUUCACAUUGCAAUUUUAGGCUCAGGUCUAAAAUACAAAAUUAAAAACUAAACGUUUUCUUUUUUAUAUUGUUAUUUGGUUGGUCCGGAUUGGGUUAGUCACAAGUUUGGUAUCAAGCAUUAGUAAAGAUAGGUUGGCUAACACAACUUUACACUUUUCAUACAAAAUGUUUAAUUGUGUGCAACAAAAGUACUUUGUAUAGAGUUAAAAACAUCCAUCUAUCCAUCCUGAUUAUCUCCAGGCAGGUCAUGGUUGCCACAGCUCCUAUACAUGCGGAGUCUUUAGGACCUCCGGGCUGCUCUCAUCCACCCUCAGGGCUUUACCACCAAUGUUCCCUGCAAGCUGCAUGCACACGUGAGCAAAUGCGUACUGCUCCCACACUCGCAACACAUAGCAAAUAUAUGCAGCGCAUAAAGAAAAUUCCAAACUGAGCUGUAUUUACACUAUAUAUUUUUAUAUUCUCCACAUUUUGUACUUGCGUAUUUUUAUGACAGUUGUCACUAAUGUCACUCUCCACUCGAUCAUAGUUUUGAUCUUAUAAAAUAGCAAAUAAUGAAGCCAGAAUUUAGUAAUAAUUAUUUCACGUACUUAAAUUCAUUUAAUUGUGAAUUUGGGCUGAUUCACAAUAUGAAAAGUGGCCUAAAAAAAAUCUUAAUCCUUAACCAUUUUAUUCAUGUCACAAAUCUGGUUUGAGGUGGGUUUUUUUCAACGUACGGACAUAACUUUUAACUCUUUUAUGACCUCAGAUUUUCAACAGGUAUGAUACUGGUUUAGCCGCCAUGUGCAUGCAUGCCUGAUCUUGCUCAUCGUGGUCCAAGGAAUGCUUUUGAGGAGCUUUUUACGACCUCAACCUCAGUGCUAUCAAUGAUUGCCCUCAUAUGAAAUAUGGGAAAUCUGGAUUCUUUUUUAUUAUUUUCACUGUUAGAUUGUAUUUUUCAUUUUUGGGGGUUUUAUAUUUGCCAAUUGAAAGUGUAAAGAAUGAAUGAAACAUAGAUUAUUAAGCAGCUUUUGUUUUAUUUAUUGCAUCCCCCCUUGCUCCAGAUGUGACCAGAUCGACAGAUGUCGUCUACUUUUAAUCCUUUACAUCAGCCAGAAUUCCCAAAUAUACAGGUAGCAUUUGUUUCUCUGUAACUGAGUAAAGAUUACAUUGAAAUAGUAGACUAUUAUACUAUUAAUCUAUAGUGUGAUUUGGGUUUUUGUUUGAGACCAAGUUGGGGGGGGCGGGAUUCCACACUCAAAUGAUGUCAAUCAAAUUGAAGUCCUCUGAAGUGUUUUGUUUUCCUCCCUCACCACAGUUCGCCUUGUUUUCCUCGGCUGUGACGAGUUCAAAGACCAGUGACUGUAAACUGAUUGUGUCAUUUACCAGAACAAAAUGCAUUGAACAUAUUGACACCCGCUGCUCAUUUUGACAGCUUAGUCGGAAGCACCUAAUUCUGCGCCAGCUCUUCAUUGUUUUAUUUAUUAUCCAAUUAUAACAUUACUUAACAACGUUAUUUUGUCACAAUUGAAUGCACAUCUGUGUGUCUUUUUGUAUUAAAUGUCUAACACAACUGUG